UAGAUAACCUUAAACGGAUACAUAUAUAUAUAUUUUUCAUUAUUGACAGGGACUCAGAGAUGAAAGUACUUUUCUGAAUAUGACAGCAGUGGAGAAAGAUGUCGACGAUUUGUACGAAGGAGGUCCCGCGAUUGAAGGAACCAACGAAGAUCUUUACAUAGACGUGUUUUCUUUGCGCAACUAUGUUCACGUGGACGAAGUAGCCGUUCUCUACGAAGAAAAAUAUGGAACUUCGCUCACUACCGUUGUUACCACCGAAUUUGAGGGAAGGGACAUGGGAAAUGCUCUUGUGUCCAUUCUGCAAUAUAGUCGCGACAAGGCAAAAUACUUUGCCUCCCGGUUCCAUGAGUCUAUUGCUGGAGCUGGAACAGCAGACCGAGAUCUUAUGCGCUUAACAAUUAGUCGUUGUGAGACCGAUCUCGGUAACAUUAAAACUGCCUAUCAAAACAUCUAUUCAGUUUCACUUAUAGUAGUGAUGUGUCGGAUGAUACUUCUGGAUCCUACCGCUCAGCAUUACUUGCAUUAAUUGAUUAAAGAAGAUAAUUAGGUACGUAAGAUAAAGCACACAUUCGGCUUUUGAAAACACACAGUAGGUCUAUGUAGGCUAAUGUGUGUGUACUAUCUGUAACCUCUGCAUGCAUUAUAAAUUUCUCUUUCUAAAAGUAAACAAAAUCCUGCCUAUGAAA